GUAGCUUCCGGGUGGCGGGGUCUAUUUCCGGGAGCGCGGCGGCGUUACCGGGGGAGGUGUGUGGGGGUGGGUGGCGGUGGCGGCAUCACCAUGAGCACUAUGUUCGCCGAUACCCUCCUCAUCGUCUUCAUCUCCGUGUGCACCGCGCUGCUGGCCGAGGGCAUAACUUGGGUGCUGGUAUACCGAACAGACAAAUACAAGAGAUUAAAGGCUGAAGUGGAAAAACAGAGCAAGAAACUGGAAAAGAAGAAAGAAACAAUAACUGAAUCAGCAGGCCGACAGCAGAAAAAGAAAAUAGAGAGACAAGAAGAGAAACUGAAGAAUAACAACAGGGACUUGUCAAUGGUUCGGAUGAAAUCCAUGUUUGCCAUUGGCUUCUGCUUCACUGCCUUGAUGGGAAUGUUUAACUCCAUAUUUGAUGGCCGAGUGGUCGCAAAGCUUCCAUUUAUCCCCCUCUCGUACAUCCAAGGUCUCUCCCACCGCAACCUUCUGGGUGAGGAUUAUACUGACUGCUCCUUCAUCUUCCUCUACAUUCUCUGCACGAUGUCUAUCAGACAGAACAUCCAGAAGAUGCUUGGUCUUGCUCCUUCCCGGGCUGCCACCAAACAAGCAGGGGGCUUCCUUGGUCCACCACCUCAGGCAGGGAAGUUCUCCUAAAGCACAGUUACAGCCUUCAGGGAAGGUCUGGCCAGUGCACAAGACUGCCUUUGGGAGGUAACCAGAUGGGAUUCUGCACCAGGCUUCACAUGUCCAAAACCAGCCUAUGCAGUAUUGGCUACAGUCUUGGAAAAAUCUUCCAUUUGGAGUAUUCUACCAGCAGUUGUUUGCUCAUCAAACCAAGAAAGUUCUCAGAAGAUAACUUGACCUUUUGUUUCUGGUGUUUCUGAGAAAUAAAUGGCAUGGGCAUGUUUAUUUAGAUGUCUCUUAAUUGUGCUGUAGGACAAGUAGAAAUACAUUGAUGUAGUGCAGUUGAUUUAGUUUGCGGCAUGAAAAUCAACUCAGAAAGCAAGAGUGGCAUCUGCAAAGUAGACAGUUUGGAAAA